UUUGACGGCAGAAGAGCAUGGGAAGUUGAGAGAGGAAGUAAGACCAAGCUUGGCCGGGUCAUCACAGCAGCUCAGUUCAUAUACGAGCACCGGGUACAGUUCCAUCGUCAAUCUGCAAAAAUGUCUCAGGAAGUUGACUGGCUACGCAGCCAGGCAGGCCUGUGUAAAGUAGACCUUUACAACCCUGAAGCACAGAAGGACCAAGACCAUAAAGUACUCUGCUUUGUUGAUGUCUCCAGCCUGAAUGUGAAAGACAAAGAUCCAAAAGCCAAGAAAGCUGCAAGCCAGUCCAGCAAUCUCUCUGAACGCUCAAAUGAAUUUGAUCUGGAGGAAAAGGAGGUCAUUGUAGUAAAGGACAAUUUGAAGCACGAUCAUUCUAAGACCGAAGGGACAGUUUGCCUUUUUAAGCAAGGCUCAAGUGAUGAAUUCAGUGUCAUAAGGUGGCUCAACAAUGACCUUCAGAAAUAUGCAGCUGGGUUUCAGCACGCACUGACUUCAUCAGAUAACCCUCCGAAGCACAAAGGUAGCAACACCUCCAUUAAUCCAUCACUAUCUAAGAAAAUGGCCCAGAACAGCGACACAUCUCUGAAGUCUUUGGGUGCCCAAAAAGGAAACAGAUACCCAGAAGAUAUUUCAUGCUACAUAAAUAAGCUUUGCUCACUGGUUGUUCAAAUGGCACGUAAAGAGAUUACAGAUAAACUAGAAGGCACAGCCUCUAAGUGUAUGCAACAGGCAAUUCAGGACUCUCCUGGAGAAGGGAAAACCAGCAAUCCCCACUCCUCUGGAAACAACCCUGCAUCAGAGAUGGUGAAUGAAUCCCCUCAGGCAAAUACAUCAACCCCCCAUGGAAAGCUACCAUCCUCCAAGGCAACUCAAGAGAAGACUACUAAACAAGAAGAUGAUCCAAGGUCCAAGAAAACAUCACUUUUCUAUGGCGAGAUGUCCCAUCAAAAAGGCUGCAAUGAAGGAGAAAAAUCUUCCGAUAAGCAAUUGUGUCAGCAAGCCAAAACAUCCAGGCAAGAUGAUUCUGGUACUCCUGUCAGCAAAGGGCUCAUGGUUUAUGCAAACCAGGUUGCUUCAGAUGUGAUGGUCUCAUUCUUGAAGACCAUGAAAGUUGAAAAGAAGGGCAACAAGCAUGUUCCAGCUUGCCUGGUUUUGAAGAAAGUAGUUCUCAAACACACAAGAGAUGUUAUAUCAGACUUGAUAGACUCAACAAUGAAAAAUCUGCAUAGUGUUACAAGUGUCCUCAUGACAGACUCUGACUUUGUUGCCACAGUAAAGAAAAAUCUAUUCAAUAUGGGAAGCCAAAAGUCUACUGAAAUUUUGGAAGCUAUGGUAAGAAGACUUUAUAACAUCCUUUUAUCAGAGCCAGAGAAGUCCAGGUCUCAAAGUCUAGCAUAUACCAUACUGAAAGCAGGGUUCCCACCAGACUCAAAAUCUCAAAGCAUGCAGUUUGCAGCAAUGAAAACUCAAACACAGGGGAAAGAUAAGGAAAAAGCUAAUCCAAAGAUACAGACCUGUGCUGAGAAAGUAAGUGAGCACAUACUCAAGGAAGGAGUCACAAGGCUGCAUGCAAAAUCUACCUGCACGGCUCCAGAUAAGGCAAAAGGGAGCCAAGAAAAAAAUCCAGAAACAACCAACAACUCAACAGAAUUCCUAGCAAAAGACCUCAUUUUGACUUCCUUAACGUUGAUACAACAGCAUCUAUUACAACAGGCAACCAAACAGACGGGCAAAGACGCUAGCGAGUCAGGUGCCACUUCGCUUGGGUACGUUUCUCGCGAUUCACAUUUCGAAAAAGCUGGGACCAGCCAAAGUUCCAGGUCCCUUGCAGAGGCUUCUGGGUCGAGACCAGCGGGGACCAGGAACGAUUACCAACAGCAAUUCAACUCCCAAAAGGGAGACAUAUCAAGCGUCUUCUUGUCCAUCAUACAGAAGGUCUUGUGUGAAGCCGGGCUCAACACGGAAGAUAGUUCCAGCGACACAAACAAGAGCUUAAAGCAUAUUCCUGCCAGCGACUGUGAGUCCGGGAAACAGGCUAUAGCCAAGCAGCCCAAUUCAGCCGUGGACCAGUUUGAUAAUAUGGAUCAAGUCAACAAGCAGUUUAUUGACCAACUGGUGGAAUCUGCGAUGAAGCUGUGUCUCCUGAUGGUCAAAGGCAGUGGCACUGAUUUAGCUAUAGGUGACUCAUCAGAGGAACCCAAUGCAGUUGGUGCCUCAUCUGCAAAAGCUCAAGCACAAGCAAUGCCCAGGAGAGCUUCGCAAUCAAAACAGAAUGGAAACCCACUGACGGGUCCAUCCUCGGGGUCUCAAGUGAUAGUGACCAACCAGAAUGCCAACAGCAGCUCACAAAACAAAGAGCUUCAGGCUAUCCUCCAGUGGGCAGUUGCUUCCCAGUUCAAUGUGCCCAACCUGUCAUUCAUGCAUGGAAAUGAGGAGGAUGUGAAGAAGCUGCCUUUGCUAGCUGAAAAAGCGGCCAAGAAGGGCUACAGCGUGGGGGAUAUUCUCCAGGAAGUGAUGAGGUACUAUGAAAAGCAUCAACAGUUUGAUACUGCUGAGGGAAACACAACUUGCUCUGGACUGAUGGACUGGAUGCUUAAAAACCUCUAAGGAAGUGCCAACUCCCCCUCCCUCUCAAAUCACUUUGACCCAGCCAACGCACCCAAACCAGCUCUCUGCUGGCACAACAAAUGCACACGUUUGCAAGUGACAGCUCUGCACAGAAUUCAAUAGGUUGUCAUACACAAGCUGGGCAAGAUCAUCAAUAAAAAAUAGA